AUGCCUUCUUCUCUUGGAAUUACCCUUCUGAUGCUAUUUUACCGGUAUCAGAGAGCUAUGGCAGAAAGUUCCGCUGAUGUGAUACGCAUCGAACUCGAAGAUCACAGGAAUAACAUAACAGCCUUGCAGACGGUGAUUGCGCCCCCUUGGGUCUCAUCACAGGGCAUUCGCAGCACCUCCAAUAUCUUAUGGAGUUGCAUCGUCACUCUGACCGCAUGCGUUUAUACCUCGCUCCACCUAGACAUAGGAAGGAUAUCUAGCUGGAAGCGGCGCCUAUGGAUAAAGGUCGGAUGGGCGGUCACCGCUAUUCUUAUGCCGGAGGUCGUAGUUUGUAUAGCGGUCGUUCAAAACACCCAAGCGCGACAACUCGUCAAAAAUCUCAACGAAAUGAGGGAGAUAUGGAAUAAAGUAGGAACAGUCGUCUGUCCGAAAUUCGACCUUCGUUACGGCUUCUUUGUUACCAUGGGCGGCCUGCAGGUGUCAUAUAGUGACGUUGCCAACGAGGAUGGUACAUGUAAUCCAUGGUCGAUACCUAAAGACAGACAAAAAGCCUAUUGGUCUGAGCCGGGGCAUACCAAGACUCUAUCAGCUGAAGCGGUUGUAGCUCUCGCUGGUACGGGCGAAUUCUUUUACGUGCCGCGACAGAGUAUCGAUGAUAAAAGCAAGGCAGACGCGAUAAAGAAGGUCUUGGUCGUCUUGCAAGUGUCGUGGAUGACCGCGCAGUGUAUUGCCAGAAAGGCGUAUGGCCUGCCUUUGAUGCUCUUAGAGAUUCAUACCAUGGUACACGUUGUUUGCGCCGUCAUACUGUACGUAUGCUGGUUCAAGAAACCACUAGAUGUGCUGAUCCCCAACGUCUUGAGCCACCAAACCUGCACUGAACGCCAGGAUAAUCUUCUUAAGCUUCUACUAUUUGAAGACGGGCUUAGGCUGUCCGAGCAAUCCCGUCCCGAAACCAUACCUCUAGUAAACGAGCACGGUGUUGAACAGCAGGACAUAUCAGUAGACAUAUCAGUGCGAGACGUUGAGGCCGCGUUUGGAGGUGGUCAGGGUAUUAGCCUACACGUUAAUGAUGUCCUCUCAAUCCGAAGACUGAGCGACAAAAUUCUCUCAAGCCACCUACAGCCUGAAAACAUGAUACCGUUUGGGCUCCAAUACAAGGACCUAAUAACCAACGAAAGCACAACAAGUGUAACAAGCGUAACAAGCGUGACCAACGAAUGCAUAAUAAGCGUUUCCGUCGAAGACUACUUGAUGAUGCAGAAGGUAAUUGCCGCGUUUACCAAACCCAAGGAACCGACGUUAAAUCGAGCCAUCUUUAACCAAGAUCUGUUCACUGAGCGGGUUAUGCCCGAGGUCAGAAUUUCGAUCUUCGAAGAGAAUUCAAAUAUACUAAGUCCUAGCGUUAAACGCGACUCGUUUUAUGCCCUCGUUCAUUCCCUGCUAUUAAGCCGAAGAAAUCGGCUGAGAUCUCCGCUGAGAACUCGGCUGAGAAAUCGGCUGAGAAAUCGGCUGAGAUCUCCGCUGAGAACUUCGUGGCUCGCAAGACUAAUACUCGUCCUGGUCCCGGCGCUGUACGGCGGUAUCCACUUGGCAGCCUGGAACUCCGAUUUCCCUUCUGCCCCCGAGGAGUGGAUGUGGAAGAUUUCGUGCUUCAUCAUUAUGGGGACUAUUCCAGCGUUGGCGAUUGUCAGUAUGAUUGGCAUUAUGAUUGGCAUUAUGAUUAUCAUACCGAUUGUCGUUAUAAUUGGCAUUAUGAUUGUCCCGAGGCUUGACUCAUGGUCUGACAAACAGGUGGAAGGGUUUGAACAUGCACUUAAGAUGGGCGCACUAAUUUCCUUCGGAAUAGCCGCGGGCAUAUUGACAAUAAUCUUCUUAGGCGCCCGGCUGUAUGUCCUUGUGGAGGUUUUCAUAUCCUUGCGAAGCGUGCCGAUUGGAGUAUACUUGACCCCUAGUUGGCUUCAAAGUAAGGAAACUCAAUAG